AUGGCGUGGCACAAUGGGUCUCAGCGGUGGACGCGGGUGGGUGGCACUGCCGACCUGAUGUCAUGGGCUGGUGUUUUUGCUUUGAAGUGCAGGCCAGUAAUUCAGACAACUUCGACUAAAGGAGACACUAGGAAUGGAGAUUUUGAGAGAGAGGAAAACAAUCAACGCGGGACAGAUGGUUUAUGCAGUAGCAAGUCCAAGUCAGGUUACUCGAAGGCAUUCAGGGUGGAUUUGUCCCCACAUAACGUGGUUGUUGCCACUGUUUAUUUUGUGCAAGGAGUUUUGGGCCUUUCCAGACUUGUUGUCAGCUUUUACUUGAAAGAUGAUCUUCAGCUUGAUCCAGCAGAGAUUGCAGUUAUAACUGGUUUCUCAGCCUUGGCGUGGUUGGUCAAGCCUCUUUUUGGUUUUAUCAGUGAUUCCGUCCCCCUCUUUGGAUAUCGAAGAAGGUCAUACCUCAUUCUAUCAGGACUCCUUGGAGCAAUUUCAUGGAGCUUGAUGGCAACGAUUGUGGAUGAUAAGUACAGUGCAGCGCUCUCUAUUAUUCUUGGAUCUCUUGCAGUUGCCUUCUCUGGUGUUGUGGUUGAUUCUAUGGUCGUUGAGAGAGCUCGAAGUGAGUCACAGAGUACAUCUGGAUCUCUCCAGUCACUAUGUUGGGGAUCCUCAUCCUUUGGGGCAAUUGUGAGCGCAUACUUCAGUGGUUCUCUAGUGGAUACUUAUGGUGUAAGAUUGGUCUUUGGUGUUACGGCAUUUUUACCCCUGAUGACAUCUGCUGUUGCAGUUCUUGUAAAUGAACAGUGUUUGUGUUCUGAGGAACGUUCCAUCUCACUUUCGAGUUCAGGAUUGAUUGAAAGCUCUAAGCAGCAGAUCAGGCAGAUUUGGACUGCUGUAAAGCAACCGAACAUUUUCUUGCCUACUUUGUUCAUAUUCCUUUGGCAAGCAACACCAAAGUCGGAUUCUGCCAUGUUUUAUUUCGUCACAAACAAGAUUGGAUUCACUCCAGAGUUUCUAGGGCGUGUCACACUCCUCACAUCUGUUGCAUCCUUACUGGGCGUCGGAAUAUAUAAUUCGUUCCUGAAGGCAGUUCCACUAAGGAAAAUCUUUCUUGUGACAACAAUUUUAGGUUCUGCCCUUGGAAUGACACAUGUUCUUCUUGUCACUGGGCUCAAUAGGAAGCUGGGGAUAAGUGAUGAAUGGUUCUCCAUUGGGGAUUCCUUGAUUCUCACAGUCCUUGGUCAGGCUUCCUUCAUGCCCGUGUUGGUGUUGGCUGCGAGGUUGUGUCCCCUGGGAGUGGAAGCGACGUUGUUCGCCACCCUGAUGUCCAUUUCGAACGCGGGAAGUGUCGCUGGCGGUCUGGUGGGCGCGGGCCUAACUCAGUUUCUGGGUGUCACAAGGGACAACUUCGACAAUCUGGCUCUGCUGAUCGUGAUCUGCAACCUCAGCUCCCUGCUGCCUCUGCCUCUCCUGGGCCUCCUUCCAGAUGGAUCACCAGAUGCUGAUAAUCGGCAAACUAAAGUUGAUUGA